AUGGACCUGAAUCCUGUACCAAUCCCGCUACUUGGUGCCACGUUCGGGGUAAUUCUCGUCGGAGCCAUCCUUUCUGCCAUUCUAUUUGGGAUAUUAAAUCUCCAGUCUAUCUGGUACUUCAAGCAGUACCCAAAUGACUGGUGGUUUUAUCGAGCCGCUGAAUUUAUUGAGCAGGUUGCGGUCAUUUGGGUCCUAGAUACACUGGAUGUCGCAGUUAGCACUCAUGCCUUGUACUUCCUUCUCGUAGAGACUCGUAUAGUGGGCAAGUUCCUAGCUUUGGAUCAACUUGAUAUAAUUUGGAGCUGCAAGUUGCAUGUUCUUCUUGAAACUUUUAUCAAAGUAGCGGUCCAAGCUAUAUAUGCUGUACGACUGUGGAAAGGUCGCUUAUUGGCUCUUCGCUUUGGUUCUUCACUAACACCUGCUGAUGGCCAGUCCGACAACAUUUUCAUCUGGGUCGAAUCAUACCCUGGUUUCUUGCCCUCAUCACGGCUUGUAAUGUCGUUGUUGAGUUUCUGCUUUUAUGAUUUACCCUUCACUUCCAUAGGCGCUGGAAUGUAUCUAGUUUACGGAGCCUACAGUAUAUCCACCUUCUCCGACAUUCCUACUAUCAAAAAUGAAAUCAUCGCGGUGUUCUCGACAACCACAGCAGUUGAUUUCAUCAUAUCCAUCACGACGUGUCAUUAUCUGAACCGAAGCAGGGCUGCUUCAAUGUUCCCCAACACCAUCGCGAUGCUGGUUGCGCUGAUGCGGCUGAUUCUGAUAUCUGGGCUGGUUAUGAGUAUAUGCUCUACAGUCAUUCUUAUAACGUUUCUCAUUUGGCCAAAUACGCUCAUAUUCGUUGGGAUCGAUCUCCUGCAGCCCAGAUUGUAUAUCAACUCUUUGUUAGCGAUGUGUGUACCAAACGCCGUCAUCCAUGAACUCUGGGGACUUACUCGAGUGUACAGGCUCAAUGCACGAAAGGAGCUCCGAAGCAUUCAGAGAUCCGAGUUCCUGGAACUGAAAGGUGAAUCUUAG